UCCAGCUAUUGGGGACAGGAAUUGGACGUACUCUCCCAUUAGGGGAAAGUAGAAACCAUUUUAAGUGUUUUCUUCUCCUCUGAAACUCCCUCAUUAAGAAGGCUUUGAGUUGUUUGUACUGCUAACAAUCACCAUGAAGUGGACAUGGGUGUUUUUAGGGUCCUACUUCCUCUCUUUGGGAGCACCGUCUUUGGGAGAGAAGGGCUUGGAGAUCCCCGAGUAUGACGGCAAAGACCGUGUCCAUACCCUCACUGCCAAGAACUACAAGUCCAUCAUGAGGAAGUACGACGUAAUGGUGAUCUACUACCACAAAAAUGUGGAUGGGAAUCGAAGCGCCAUGAAGCAGCUUCAGAUAGAGGAACUGGCUUUGGAGCUUGCCGCACAAGUUCUGGAUGAGUUCGAAGACGAGGACAUCGGGUUUGGUCUGGUGGAUGAAAAGAAGGCCUCUGCUGUUGCCAAGAAGCUGGGUCUGGAUGAAGUCGACAGCAUCUAUAUCUUUGCAGACAAUGAAAUAAUUGAGUACGACGGAGAGCUGGCUGCAGAUACCAUUGUUGAGUUCCUGUACGAUGUGAUUGAAGACCCUGUGGAGAUCAUCGACAACGACCGAGAGCUGAAGGGUUUCUACAACAUGGAUGAUGUCAUCAAACUGGUCGGCUACUUCAAGAGCGAGAGAUCCCCCCACUUUAUAGAGUACGACGACGCAGCUGAAGAGUUCCACCCCUUCGUCAAAUUCUUUGCAACAUUUGACCCCAAGAUUGCCAAAAAGCUCAAACUGAAGGUGAAUGAAGUGGAUUUCUACGAACCCUUCAUGGGAGAACCAGUCACCAUUCCAGGAAAGCCUUACAUCGAGUCUGAGCUGAUUGAAUACAUCGAACAGCACGACAGACCGACUUUGAGGAAGCUCCAACCACACAGCAUGUAUGAGAUCUGGGAAGACGAUAUCAAUGGAGAGCACAUAGUCGCCUUCGCUGAAGAGGACGAUCCAGAUGGUUUUGAGUUUCUGGAGAUCCUGAAGGAAGUAGCGCGUGACAACACAGACGACCCCAACCUCAGCAUCAUUUGGAUCGACCCCGACAAUUUCCCCCUGCUGGUUCCAUACUGGGAGAGAACCUUUGGCAUCGACCUUUCGUCUCCUCAGAUCGGAGUCGUUGAUGUUGAGGACGCUGACAGCGUGUGGAUGGACAUGGAUGAUCAGGAUGACAUGCCGACGGCCGAAGAGCUGGAGCAGUGGAUAGAGGAUGUUCUGUCUGGGAAGAUCGAUCCUGAUGAUGAUGAUGAUGAUGAUGAUGAUGAUGAAGACGAUGAUGACGACGACGAUGACGACGACGACGAUGACAACAAUGACGAUGAUGAUGAUGACGAAGACGAAGACGAUGAUGAUGACGACGAAGAUGACGAUGACGAUGAUGAUGACGAUGAUGACAAUGACGACGAUGAUGAUGAAGAAGACGAUGAUGAUGAUGACGACGAUGAUGAUGAAGAAGACGAUGAUGAUGAUGAUGACGAAGACGAUGAUGACGACGACGAUGAUGACAAUGACGAUGAUGAUGAUGACAAUGACGACGAUGAUGAUGAUGAUGACAACGACGAUGAUGAAGAUGAUGAAGAAUAAUUAAUGUUUUCCUCACUUUACCAUUAAUGGAGAAACUCUGAAGUUUCUCCAUUAAACUGAAACAUCUGGCAGAAAGAGACUCGCCUGUUUGAACCUCACAUGUUUCCCCUUGUUCCUGUAACAACCUGAGGAGAAACACGGUCAGCUAGGAAGGAGGUUUCCAUUAAACCCACAGACGGCUAGAAGGGCUCAUGUUCACAAUGUCCCUAAUGACUGCCUGUCUCCCACCUUUGGACAACUCAACGUCAAUAAAUGUAAAACCAGGCAGAGACAAAGUUUCUAAAGGGUUUCAAUGUGAUGUGACUCUUUCUCAAGUUUACUGUUACCUUGUUUCAGUGACAAUGAGAACAAACUCGUUCUUGUUGCAGCUUUAAAAUAAGAAUUAAAUUUCACUGGACAGUCUUAAGUUCAACAAAUCAGUCAUUGAAAAUGUAUGUUGUAGGUAAUAAACUUGAGAUCAUUUUC